CUUUCAUGUGAAAAGCUGUGGAGCUGAUGGGAGUUGAAUUUUUACAGCUUGGCCCGAAUAAACUAGCCAAACUACCUUUGCAAAUGCGAUCGUACCACGCUCAAGCUCUUCGUGGGUUUGAUUUGAACCGCCAGCGCAGUGGUUAUGGUGGGUUAUUCAGUUACCUGGCUUUCGUUUGCAUGAAUGGUCGUGCGUGUUCCUUGAAAGAGGAGUUAAAAAUGCUACAACCACGUAUAACACGGAUGGUCAAAUACUUCGAGGAUAACUUCAACACAUUGAAACCUGACUGCAGCACCAAUAUGUACGCGAAGCAACCUGAUUCCAUUUCUCAGAAAUUUCACAUAUUAUCAAAAGAUAAAAUACUGAGCCUAACUUUGUUAGCCACGUUUUUCUUGUCUAUAGUACAAUUUGGAGCUGCCCAAACUGUUGAUGAACCUUACGUAGUGAAUCCAACACCAACAUUGCCGGUAGUGGGCGCUGAUGAUGUUACUACUGUGCUCUUUGUGAAUAAUGGGGCUGGGAGAGUGGGGGAUAGUCAUGGACGGUUCUUAACAGUGCGUCCAGAGGUUGGACUGUUGACUUCAACAGCGCGAACAUUUAUUCAGGAUGGAAUUACAACCGAAUUCGCCACCCAGGUUGUGGGUACUACAUUAAAUAACGGUCGCAUCUAUGCCCAGUACCUAAAAAAAAGUUCAAGGGUUGUCUAUGAGAACGACCGUGUCGUUCCUUCUGUUGUUACAAGUUGGGUGGGUGGUGGUGGUGAUUAUUUAAAAACCCGUUCGUUUCUACAGAAUCACAACGAUCUAUUUAAUGCUGAUGCCCCAGACUGGCAGGACAUUGACGAUAAUAUAGGAGUUCAUCGAGGUGAAUUUGUAGGAAACACAGACUUUGUGAACUUACAAAAUGCAAGAGGCACAGUUUUGCAAACAAUGGAAGCGGAGUCAUAUCUGGACAAUAUAUCUUCCUCUUCUCUGCAAUUAAUACAAAUAUCUAGCAAUACAGCAAUAUUACAAUCUGACUUAAAAGCUGAGGGCAGAGCGAAGAACUUUUCUGCCGAGAAUGUUUUGUCUGGUGGAUAUUUGCCAACCAUCACAGUUAAAAAUUAUUUUCAACAUAGUGUUUUCCAGCCAAUCGCAGGAGUCAAAAUAACUGAUAGAGAUUCAUCUGAGUCUUCUGCAGCCAAUAUGGAUGAUGGGCGGUUUCCGAAAGCUUACUAUCAACAGCAACAACAAAGUGGAGCAAAGAUAGAAAAUUCUCUUUCGAAAGCAACAGCUCUGCCAGCGACCAAACGAAUGUUGGCAACAGUAACCUACUACGGCUUUGCGGAUUUCACAACGAUAGUUGGUGAUAGCGUGAUUGUUUUUUCACCGAGCACUAUUCAAAGCAGUCAAAACUAUGGCCACGUUACGUCUAUUAAAGGAAAGCCUACUUUAAGAACCGAGUCUUCAAAUGUUUCCGAUGCAAUGAUUUCCGAACAAAUGCCGAUUUUAUCCACUGCUAUAAAUCAAUGGAACUUUGGAUUAGACACGACAAGAAUCCGAUCAGAUUCAUCAAAUAUAGUUGAUGAGACUAACAAUUCAAAUCAGUUUUCGACUCCAGAAAUAAAGAUAGCACCAAAUCUGAAUUAUGAUACCAAUUUUACUUCCGUACAGGCUUUGUCAAGUCAAUCUACAACAACAGAAAUAAUUCAUAUGAAUACUGGCGAUCUAUUAGAAUCUAUAGCUGACCAUAAAAACACAGUACAGAGCACGGCCAUAGUAAAGAGCGAUGAUACCCUUUUAGAUGAAUCAAGCCCUCAAGUACAUGGAGGAGCAACAACCGUUUUUAUUGAUGACGAUCCUUUUGCCAACUUUGUAGUUCCUACGGGCGUGUCACAUCCAGCUCAGUCAUCAACAGAUCAAAUUGAUCACGAAACAAUUACUGAAAACUCUGAAGACGCAGACGAAACAACUGUAUCAAUUGAAGAAGACCAAGAAAAUACUCCAAAAACCGAGGCAGCGACUGAAAACUUGACCGAAGAUUUGUACGAUAAUCCCCUUACUGAGCCGUUACCACCCUUGCCAACAAAUGAUAAUAACAACACCAUCUCAGAAACAUGUGAUCACACAACAUCUCAAGUGUUCCUAACACAAUUGACAAAGUCAUUGGGAUAUCUAAAUACUGGGAAAGAAGAUCCGUCAAGUGCAUCAAGCGAUGAAAACCCACUCUCCGCAUACGAUAUUGUCCAGACUACCAAAUACUAUUGCAUACAGGCCACACAGGUACAGCAGCUGGAAAAGCCCGAAAUAGAAUUUUUGAGCGUAGUUAGUGAAGAUGCAGCCACAGAAUUAAUAUCUACAGAGUUAUCAAACAAGAUAGAGGAAUCCACAGUCCAUGAAACGGUGGACUUCGAUGUAACGACUGAUAAUGAAUAUGACAGUGAAGAUGAUGAUUACGAUACUGAUAAUGGUUCUAAUGAGGUUGAUUUAAUUUAUAAGACUCUGUACACAACCUAUACAUACCUGACGACUUUCUUUCAAGGCACUUCUACUACUGUAUCAAGCCAUACGGAGAUUGUCACCAAUCUUAUUUCCUCUACAGCUGGUACAGAAGUAGAUACCAUAACAAAACCAACAGAUACUAUCGCUACGUUUGGAGGGUUUGGAUUGGAUACUGCAAGUAUGUCUCAACAAACGGAAAGUAAAGCUUCAGCUUUGGCUUCCAAGUAUACAAUUCCGCAAGAGAUUGUAAGCUUAUUACAGACAGAAAGGGAAGAAAAAAGCGUAGUUGAUGAAAGUAAGAAUAAACAACAAACUGAAUAUCUUAAUGACUCUAAGUAUACAAACACAUUAUUCACUACCUACACUUAUUAUACAUCGAUAUUCGCCGAUAAUGACACUGAUAUAAUGUCUCGAACUGAGGUCGUGACAAAUUAUAUAACCAAAAAUUCGUUAAAUAAUUACCUUACAGAUACUCCAACUUACUUAGAUACAAAAAACGCUGCCCAAAACUUGCAAGCGUCAAGUCAGGUUAAAUUUAAACCAGCAGAAGAUCGAGUCGAAAAGGAAGAACAUGUGACCUUAGUCAUGGAUGUGCGGUCAAUUAGCGUUAAUGGAAACCAGCAAGUCAUUUUAAACCAAAAAGAUCCGGUGGACGACCAAGUGAGUUCGGAAAGUAACACCGAUGAGAUAAUACCAUCAGCUACUCUGCUUCUUCAAACAAGCUUUACGACGUUUACCUUCUACACAACUAUGUAUGUCGGUGAUGUAAUAAACGUUAUCAGUCGCCUUGAAACAGUUACUAACGUUGCAACUGAAACGCUAAAACCUACAAAAAUGUUUGGCGCAGAGGAAGCAACCUUCCCUGUUACCUAUUUUACGACAUUUACCUACUGGACUAAGCUAGCUAAAGAUGGUGAGAUUACUACACUAAGCAGAGAAGAAACAUUAUCAAAUGUAAUUGAACCGACAAAUCUUGCGUCGAUUCCUGAGGACGAAACAUUACGGACGGCAGCUAAUUCUUAUAGCUCCCUAGAUCCGAGCGACGAUGGUAACCAGCAUCUUCGCAUAACGGAUACAGAUACGGAAAGUAUUGUCACUUCCGGGAUGACUAAUACGAGCUUACGAUCUGACUUAACCACUUAUUACACCACAUAUACGUACUAUACCACAUCAUAUGAAGUUAAUGAGACAAUUACAAAAUCACGUUUUGAAACAGUGACUAACGUGGUGACACCGACGGAUGUUACAACAUCGACGGCAGAAACAAUAUUGAAAACACCAGCGAUAGCCCAGCCAAGCGAACUCUUGACAACAAGUCUAAAUAAUAUAAUAAACAGUACAUCUGCAUUGGUUUUGUUUGACUAUAAACAUAUUGUUGAUGCGGACGAAGUAAGUACAUUGUAUUUUACAACUGAAGUGGCAUCAGCGAUUGACAGCGAGGGAAUUGAAAUAGAAAUAACAAGUAGUACAUCAAGCUUGCACGUUGAUGAAAUGAAAAAGUCUAGUUUAGCUAUAAUGAUAUUAAACGAUGAUAGCUUAUCUAGCUCUAAGCCGUUCAAGACUGGUCUGGUACGGCUUAUUGAAGGUACACGAAUCGGAAACGGUACAACUACUUUAUACCAGUCUAAGGUCAUUGGAACUGUAAUAGACAAUCGAUACGCGCAGAUUAUUGAAAGUACGUCUAGCUUUCUCUUUGAGAAAAAAACUGAAGAUGCAGCGCUGUUGCCAACGUCUGUCAUAGUAUCGGCUAUGCCAUCACAAACAGGAAAUUUGCAUGUCAACGCGGAUUCUAAUAUCGAGCAAGAAGACGAACCAACUACAACAGGAGAUAUCGAUGAUGAAAAUCGCUCGAAAGCUUUGGACCCAUCUCAAACAUCAAAGCGCACAUUUGCCCCCGUGAUAAGACCAUUUGCUUCACGAAAUAGGCCUAAUUUCGCUCCAAAACAAAAAACAUUAAGUCCAAGUAGUGCUACUAUUAUAACAAGGUCAGAUAUAACACCAACCAUUACGGCAACUCCUGCCCUAAAAACAUCCGGCAGAUAUAGCUCAUCAAGACGAGGCGUUAUUUCAAACGCACCAAUAAAUCAAAAUGAAUUGGGAUUCCCACAGUCGUCCCGACGCACUUUUGGCCGGCCGAUAAAGUCAUCGAGUAGCUCUGUACUAAACGAACUGGGCGUCAGCCCCCAGUCAAAUGCUGCAUUCGUACCCCCCAGAAAUCGAUUUGCAUCUUCUCCACGUCCGACACAAACUGUAACUAGCAGAAAACAAAAUAUAAAUGCUUCGUAUCGUCCAUCUAACAGCCCAGGUUUUCGUGCUUCCGGAAUAUUGGUUGGAAAUUCAAAAUUUCGCGUUAAGCCAACUGUCUCUGGAUCAUCAGCGAAUGAGCGGACGACAACAAAAACAGUAUCAAAAGAAUUUAGUUCAGAUAGCAGUGUUGAAGAUGACAACUCCACUGACGAAUUGGUACAGAUUAGUGACGAAGAAGAAAGCACAAGACGCAAUCAGAACCCAUUGUUGCGACUCCGACGACCGAUUAAUAGGCCAAGCGGGUUUGCACCUGUGCCACGUUCGAGUGUCAACAGCUCUGCUGUCAUUUCACUUAGAAGAAACCCAUUGUCAGCCCGAGCAAAGACAACAUCUACUACCACUACCACCACAACGACUGCUAAGCCCCGAACUCGCAGUUUUCAGAGGCCAACAAUUUCUAGCCUUCAGGCACGUUCCAGGCCACAAAAUAGUCUCUUUCCGCCCCGUGGGCUUUUCCAGACGCAGCAAAGAGAUGAAAAUCAGAAAGAAAUAAAGAAAAACGAAAAUGAAUCCGAAAAUAUUUCCGAAUAUGAUGAUGACGAUGAUGCCGAUGAUGAUGGGGAAGAUGACGUAUUAGACGAAGUAAAUCGUAGCAGACGGUCGAAUUCUAAAUCGCAAAAAGGUAAAAGUCUUUCCCGGGUGCGACGGCAAGCAGAUGCUUUUAAUAGGAGCCGAUUUAGAUUUCGGCGACCAAACUUAUCAACGAUGUCUCCACUGGAAGACCCAAGCAUUUCAAAUACUGACGAUUUAAAUGAAACCACAGCGAGUUCUCGCGUUAAAACCAAUUCUCGAUUCGGGUCUAGGUUUCCUUCACCACGUGGCCAACAGGCACAUAGUCAGAAAUCACAGCCAAGUUCCAGCGCUGUGGCAAAUCAUCGAACUAUUCGUCCAACAAGGCCAACUACGCCGCGAACCCAGUUUACCCUAAGAGAGAAAGAUGCAACUUUAAAUGGCGCUAAACGUUCAGGCACACCAUCAAAUUUUCGACGUCAACCAUCAACCGGAAGUCCUUCUAUAAGACGCACUAUAGGUACUGGAACUGGCACCAGUCGUAGACUAAAGAGCUACAGUGGUCCUAAUGUAAACAAUAAUGCUGACAACGGGCGGUUAGUAGGUACGUCUCGAUCCAGAAAUGGAAACUCAAAUGGUUUAAAUAGAGGAAGAGGGUCUGUGCGUGGUCGAAAUAGAAAUGAAUAUGUUCCAGAUUUGCAGAUAAUAGAAAUGGGUAGUCAAACUAUCACGGUUACUCAUCUUAUACCAGCCGAGGUCACGGUGCCUGUUAUAAAUGGCCAAAUAACAGAAUAUAAGAAUAUAGUGACUGCGAAGACCAGCACCGAGGUGCUCGGACCAAAUCAAUACACGGAGAUUUUGGGAACGAACGGCCAAACUUCGAAAUAUCUUACGCGAGAAGAAUCCAGUAUUAACAAUGCAGGAGUUACAGAGCUAACGAGAUAUCUGUUGCAUGACUCUCUAACAACAACAGUAACUUUUACACCUACCACUAUCCGCGGGCGAAAGACAUCCUUCUCCCACAUACUUCCGUCUACCGUGUACUCUGUAGAGCAUCUUGUAUCGACAGUACAACCUCAAAUAUCUGCUAACGCUCCACUCGCGAAUAUAUUGCUUUCUCAGUUGCUUUUGGGCAAUCUUAAUUUGCCGGCCAAUCCUUUAAUUGGUGCGCUUGGACAGCAACAAAGUGCGAUAUCAGCUAUAGUGUCCACAUCAGUUGAGCCAGUCACCGAGUACCGCACUCACACCUCCACAUAUGUAACUACCAUCUUCGAUGGAAAGUCUACUAUACUCCCACUGACAUUUCAGGGGAAAAAGAUUUUGACUACUGUCUACGAUACUACCGCACAAACUAUAACAGCUACGGAAUACAGUGUAGAUACUAUAGUGAACACACCUAUAAUUCCUCAAAAUGUAAAGUCACAUGGACCUGCAGCGCAGGUAAACAGUUUAUUGUUGCAGCAGUUGCUUCUUCAGCAACAGCAAGAGCCAUUUUCGGUGCCUCAGGGCUUAUCCCAUACUCAAUCCCCACAAUUACUUUUGAGUGAGAACCUGCAGGAUUUGGACGACGCUGCCCGGACAGCAACACAAGUUGAUGAUAUUGACGAUGAGAUUGUGACAAUUAACAGUGAAAUGCAGACUACGAAAAUCAAUCGCAAGAAGUCCCGAAAGACGAGCAAGGGACACAAACGAAGUAAGCAACAGAAAUUGGAUAAUCCGCUGGAGGACACUAGCGUCGUGACACUCUACGUAUCGGGCCGUAGGCCCGGGGAAUUUAGCACUGUGUUGUCAACCGUGCAGAAUGGCUACGAUCAUUCGGCUGCCUUGCAAAAGAGACAAGCUCAUUCACAAAUACGACAAACGGUAACUUUGGGAGAGAAGGAAGUUAAUGAUAUGUACGACACCGAAGAGAGUCGAAAUGUCAUAUUAUUUAUAUCACCAAAACAAGAUCACCCUCAGCUCGAUAAAAACACUCUUGACACAUUUUUUGAUAUAUAUCAUGGGGUUGGCUCAACAGAGGUUUUCGGUGACAAUGUAAAGGGUCGAACUGCAUCAUUAGAGAGCAUUGUAGGUGACGUAGACCUUUGGUACUCUAAGUCUUCCAGUCAAUCGAUGAUUCUGGACUCGAAAACAGAUUCUGUGGCGAUUGAUAAAAGUAAUUUUAAUUUUUUAGCGUAAAGGACCUCACUGAGCUACAGUCCCCGCUACAGUUGCAGGUCAGAAACCUAUAUUCUGUAAUAGUUCAUCCCCAGAAACUUCCUUCCAUUUCCAUUUCCUUAGAUGGCAUAAAAAUGAACAAUCAUAGAACAAGACGUGAAACUCAUACCAGCUUAUCCAUCAUUAAUUCUGAUACAUUUAAAAAUGUGACUAAUCGCUACUUACGAAAGGUACUUGUUCGCCGUAAACCGUUGGAAGAAUUGCAAUCACUAGUCAAUAAAACAACAAAUGCAAAAGGCAGUCCUCUUGCACAGUCGUAUACAUCCCCGACUAUUUUUCCAAAGAAUUUUCGGGUUGUAAUAUUGAAGCGUAGAAUACCAGAUAAACAAACAUUUGCCUUUGAAAAAACAGGCAAUCCCCAAAUUGUUCUAGGGGAUAUUUCACUGACUUCCGUUAGGAAGGGAAAAUCGCAGAAAGAAAAUAUUUUUACCAAACAUAUAGGGUAUAAAUCACUGGGAAAUCAAGACAAAAAUUAUGACCAGGUCCAGCCAAUUCUAUUAGCUCAUCCAGAAAGAAAGAACCCCAAGGACGUGUAUGAUCUAUCGACUAUUACCACAACAAGAACGGAAGUAAUUACACGCACUUUUACAUACGUCGUUGAUCGCGUACAAAACAACCAACACGAAGUACAGACGCACUCU